GGGCUAUCGCCGGGAGGGCGCCGUCCCGCCCACCCACCCCACGCCGAGGAAGGGUGUUCCCGGGGCGGGCGAAGGGUGGGAAGGGGGCGGGUUAUCACGGGGAGAAAGGCAGCGGCCGUCAGCGCAGACAGAUCCCGCGCUGUUGCCGCCGCCGUCUGGGGCUCGUCGCCCACCCCUGGCCAUGGGGCUGCAGCCCCGGCGCGCUGCGGGGCCCUGCCCGCCGGCGGGGAGAUGCGCCGCCUGGGCCCGCGGCGAGGAGCCGGAGGGAGCGCCCGGCCGCACCGCGUCCCUGCCGCCCAUCCUGCCGGCGCCCACCGCUUCCCCCGUCGCUGCCCGGGCGCAGCCCAAGAAGCUGACAGCGGCGACGGCGGCCCCUAAGAAGGCAGCGCCCCGGCCCGCGGAGGAGAAGGCGGCGAGGAAGGCGCGGGGAGCGCCCCCGGAGCGGGCGGGCCCCCUCUCCAGCUCCUGGCCCUGCUCUUCCCUUCAGCGACAGCAGCCGCGGAGGCCGCCGGCCGAACGCGGAGUGCGCCCCCCGCCUGCCCCACCGCAGCCGCGGGGCCGCCCGGGUGCGCCGGGGCCGGGCAGCCGCUCCUGCGAGAUCCUCGGCGGGGCGCCGGGAGAGACGGCGCCGCGGUUUUCGCUGAGCCUCCCGCCGGAGGCCGUCCGGGUGCUGCAGCGCCGCAGCCUGGAGCGGCAGCGGGGGCAGUCCGGGUCCGGCCCCGGCGGCAGAGCUACCCCUACCCCUGCGCGGCGCGGAGCCCGGGCGGGCAGCGGGGACUUGCGCGCCCUGUUGAAGAUAUCGCUGCUCAACGAGAAGCACCGCUACGACGACGAGGAGUACGAAGAGGAGGAGGCGGCUGGGGCCGCGGUGGACGAGGGGCUGGUGCGGAAAUGCACCGAGUGGCUGCGCGGCGUGGAGAGCGCGGCCGGGCGAGACCGCCCAGACAGGUUGGAAACGCUGCCGCACCUGAGCACCCUCUGAGGCCCUCCGGGGGACCGGGAGAGCUGCCCGGCGGACGGCGGGGCCAGGGGCGGAGGCGGGGUCGCCAUCCGGUGUCCGUAGCUGUUGUCUCCUUUGUGAUGUCGGCUGCGCCGGCGGCGACCCCGCGAGUGGCAGCGGGGCAACGGCCCGAAGCUGGUCCCCGGGGCGGCGCCGCCGCUCGGCUGAGGGACAAAGGAGAGGCGCCGGCCUCCGCCCGGCAGAGCCCGGGGGCCGGGGAGGAAGUGGCUGUGGGCGUCGUCGUGUCCGUUCCCCCCAGUCCCCCUUCUGCCUUUCCCCUGUGUUUUUUAAGACUUCUGACUACUUUGUAAGACGUGCGUAAUGAUUUUGUAUAUUUGUACAUAAAAGUUCAUUUUUAUUUAUUUGAAUAAAUGACUCAAUUCCUGUGUUGCAGUA